UUUGGUUGCAGUGUUGGAAGGAGGCAAGGAAGAAGUUUCCAAGAAGCUAAUGAAGAGUGUCUCAAAAGCUGAACUAACACACUUGUACAGUGCUUCCAGUUCCACCUUCUCUUCAUCUUCAUAUCCACUGAACUCCCAUUUCUUUCAUCUACUCUAAAGGGUUGUGAAUUGUGAUAAUCUUAGGAACCAGAAGUCAAAGCAUGAAAAGCAAUCCCACUUCCAAUGCCGAGGCUGUUCCUUCCUAAUCCCAAUCCCAAUCCCAAUCCCAAUCCAAGGUUGUCACUUAUAUUCCCACAAACUAACACCAACUAGAGAAGCAAAAGCAAUUUCCACGAACAAAACCAACUCUUUCAACAAGAAUAAAGUAUUUUUAUUUAAACUCAACCCCCUACACUCUUCAAUUUCUUUCAUUCAUUCAUACAUUUAAAUAAUAAAUAAAAAAUUAUAAGAAAGAAGAGUUUGGUUGGAUAGAUAGAGAGACUGAGGGGGAAAAAAAAGAUGAAGAUGGGGAAAGUUGUGAUGGUGGUUGCAGUGAUGGUGUUGUUCAACAUGUUUUAUUGUUCAGCUUGGUCUGGUGGUAACAAACACAAAAGUGGAAGGAACUCGAUUCUCCCAGGUGAAGCCAUUUCAUCAUGGCCGAGUCUAUUGAACCCUGCUGGCUCCUCUAUUGUGUUCCCUCUUUAUGGAAACGUUUAUCCUGUUGGGUUCUAUAAUGUUACUCUCAAUAUUGGUCAGCCAGCAAGGCCUUAUUUUCUUGACGUGGACACGGGUAGUGAUCUCACAUGGCUCCAAUGUGAUGCCCCUUGUACCCAUUGCUCUGAGACACCCCAUCCACUCCACAGGCCCAGCAAUGACUUUGUUCCCUGCAGGGAUCCCCUUUGUGCAUCCUUGCAGCCCACUGAGGACUACAACUGUGAACACCCUGAUCAAUGUGACUAUGAAAUUAAUUAUGCAGAUCAGUACUCAACCUACGGCGUGCUUCUCAAUGAUGUCUACCUUCUCAACUCUAGCAAUGGAGUCCAACUUAAAGUUCGGAUGGCUCUCGGAUGUGGAUAUGAUCAAGUAUUUUCACCUUCUUCUUACCACCCCUUAGAUGGACUGCUUGGCCUUGGAAGGGGAAAGGCCAGCUUGAUAUCCCAGUUGAAUAGUCAGGGCUUGGUACGAAAUGUGAUUGGACACUGUUUAAGUUCACAAGGAGGAGGGUAUAUCUUCUUUGGAAAUGCAUAUGAUUCAGCUCGAGUGACUUGGACUCCAAUUUCAUCUGUAGAUUCCAAACAUUACUCAGCAGGGCCAGCUGAACUUGUUUUUGGAGGAAGGAAGACUGGGGUUGGAAGUCUGACUGCUGUUUUUGACACUGGGAGUUCUUACACUUACUUCAACUCUCAUGCUUACCAAGCACUACUUUCUUGGCUGAAUAAGGAAUUAAGUGGAAAGCCCUUAAAAGUAGCACCUGAUGAUCAGACUUUAUCUCUCUGCUGGCAUGGUAAAAGACCUUUCACAAGCUUACGCGAAGUCAGGAAAUACUUCAAGCCUGUGGCACUUAGUUUCACCAAUGGUGGAAGAGUUAAAGCUCAAUUUGAGAUCCCUCCUGAAGCUUAUCUGAUAAUAUCUAACCUGGGAAAUGUUUGUCUUGGCAUUCUAAACGGCUUUGAAGUAGGGUUGGAGGAACUGAAUCUAGUUGGAGACAUAUCCAUGCAAGACAAAGUGAUGGUGUUUGAAAAUGAGAAACAGUUGAUUGGUUGGGGACCUGCAGAUUGCAGCCGUGUUCCAAAAUCCGGAGAUGUCAGUAUUUGAUUAUAAAAAAUACAUAGUUCAGCCAUGCAUAAGGAUGGUAUAUCAUUAAGAGAAUGAUGUUGUCCUGCAGUUUAUAGAGCAGGGUGAUAGUACUAUUAAAUACUAAUGUAUGUUCGCUUGUGAUUUGUGAAUACAGUCUUGUGUAUACUAUAUCGGUAUAUUGGAAUAGGUAUAGAGAUCCAUCAAGAUAAGGAUAUUAUUGUUGUGUUAGUGUUACAUUCUGAUUAUCGAAGUAAUUGGUUAUAAUUUAAAGGGUAAACACAAUGCAAGUUGAUGCAGUAUGGAUAUACAUCAAAUAUUCUGUAAUUACCUGGCAGAUCUCAUGGAUCUUUCUUUUCAGUUU